AGUGAGUCUUACGACCGGAGUGCAUGUCCCUGAAGAAGAAGAAGAAGUACUCAGGCAUCAGUACACAACAUAGCUAGCUACAGUUAGCGAAAAAAAGCUAUUUAACUUGACCACAACACCUUCUCAUUGAGGCAAAAUGCCUCGUUACGCGCAGCUAGUGAUGGGCCCGGCGGGUAGCGGUAAGAGUACCUACUGCUCCACCAUGGUCCAGCACUUAGGGUCCCUUAACCGCUCAGCUCAUGUGGUCAAUCUGGACCCAGCAGCUGAGCACUUUGACUACCCUGUCAUGGCAGACAUCCGUGAGCUCAUCCAGGUGGAUGACGUCAUGGAGGACCCUUCUCUCAGAUUUGGCCCGAACGGAGGCCUGGUCUUCUGCAUGGAGUACUUCGCCAACAACUUUGACUGGCUAGACGAGAGCCUGGGUCAUGUAGAAGAUGACUACAUACUGUUCGACUGCCCAGGUCAGAUUGAACUUUAUACACACCUCCCUGUAAUGAAGCAGCUGGUGGAGCAGCUCCAGCAGCGGGAGUUUCGGGUGUGUGGGGUCUUUCUGGUAGACUCCCAGUUCAUGGUGGAGUCUUUUAAGGUAACAGGCACUGUCUUUGAGUGGCUUCAUCUGUUCAUUUGGUUCCUGUUUGUGCCUGAACGCACUGGGGUGCACUUUAAUGUGGUAAUAAAAGCAAACAUGGAGUCUCACAUCUUCCCUCCUCUCCAUAUACAGUUCAUCUCAGGGGUCAUUGCCGCCUUGAGCGCCAUGGUGUUAUUAGAGAUCCCUCAAAUAAACAUCAUGACGAAAAUGGACUUGCUUAGUCCCAAAGCCAAGAAGGAGAUUGAGAAAUACCUGGACCCAGACAUGUACUCAAUGAUGGAAGAUAACUCAGAUAACAUCAGAAGCAAAAAGUUCAAGAAUCUGACUAAAGCCAUCUGUGGUCUGGUUGAUGACUACAGUAUGGUGAGAUUCCUGCCUUUUGACCGCACAGAUGAGGAAGGUAUGAACAUAGUACUGCAAAAUAUUGACUUCUCAAUACAGUAUGGAGAGGACCUGGAAUUUAAGGAGCCAAAGGAGGCUGAUGAAGAUCCUGAUAACCUAAAUUAUGAUGAGGCUUUUCAAGACAGCUGAGGAGUAGAGUGACUCCAGGAAUUCUGCAAAAAACAGACUUGAGCUGGAUACACUAUCAACUCCAGAUGGAGAAUAGCAUGGAGCAAGAAAUAGACAUGUGUGGAGAAAAGACUGACAGAAGAUCAUGAAUACCUUGUAUCGUUUAUGCUCGUACGUUUUUUCUUUGCAGUCCUUUUUGAAGAUAUUUGGGAUUUUAACCCAUACAUGUUUCAUUAUUUCAGGGCCAUGUUUAAUUUUAAAG